AAUAUUCAAUACCCUUGUGCUUUUUGUUGGAUUGCUUGCUGUUGUGGGUAUUCUUUUUCUCCUUUUUAUUCUUUCCUUGUUCUUUUUGUGUUUUAGCUUGUGCCAUACAAAGAUUCUUGUUGGGUUUCUGAUAUCUCUCUAAAAUCUUCUGUUUUUCAGUUUCCAAUUGAAACAAAUUUUGUUGGGUAAUGCCAACUACAGGAGGUGUUAUAACCAAAACAUUAGAAAUCCAUAAAAUGAGGGACCCCAAUUUGAUCAUGAAGUUGAAGAGGGUAACGUGUGAUUAUUGUAUUAGUAUAAAAUAGGGUUUGAUUAGGGGAAUGAGAAAUUUUGUCCGACUCUCUUUGUAUAGUUUCCCAUUUGUUAUUUUUUGUGAAUUCUUAUAUCGUCAAAGAUCCCUAAAAGAAAGAUUGUUCUUGAUGUUGGUUUGAGUGAUCACUCUACUCAAGAAGGAGGCUUGUCGCCAUAUAAAGCUGGCAAAUUUAUGUACCAUUUUGUAUAGAAUCCUGGCUGUUGGCAGAUACUGCUGCUGCCUCUACCACCACAACGUAUGGUUAUGUGCGCAAUGGGGGGUAGAUGGACAACAUAUAAACUCGGUUUAUCUCGUUUCCUGCUUUUGAUUCUUGUGCUAGUUCAAGGGUGUUCUUCACUUGACCCACAGGGUCUGGCCUUGUUGGAAUUUCGCGCAGGAGUAUCUCGUGAUCCAUAUGGCGCCUUUGGAACUUGGAAUCCCGAUGACCAUGACCCAUGCUCAUGGUCUAAUGUUCAUUGUGUCGAUGGUAAUGUUCAAGUGCUGGAUCUCGAUGGGCUAUCUCUGGAAGGAGUAUUGGCACCCGAGAUAGGAAGCCUCACUCAUUUGAGACGUCUUGUCCUCUCACAUAAUCAAUUCGCUGGAGCUAUUCCCAAAGAGCUUGGUGAGCUCACAAUGUUGGAAGUACUAGACUUGAGGGAUAAUAACUUGAGUGGACAUAUUCCAUCUGAGCUAGGACGGAUGCACUCGCUAAAACGGUUGUUGCUAUGUAACAACAAUCUUGAAGGAUCCAUUCCCAUGGAGCUCAGGACUCUCAACUUCCUCUAUGAAAUGCAAUAUGAUGAAAACCUUUUAUCCAUUGUUGCCGACGGGAUUGCAGGUCUAAAUAGGAAAUUUGGACGAUGCAUAUUGCAGGGAGGUUUUAGACUUGAAAAGAAAGCUGAUUCUGUUCUAACACGUAUGAAAGAUACAGUUAAUAAUUACCUCAAUCCAUUACAACUGUUUGGCAAGGGCUCCUCACAUCAUUUCCCUAUCAGUGAAAAACAACCAGAAAUGGUCCACAAUGUGAAGCAGGAUGCGAAUGUUGUACGUCGAAAGCUAGCCGAAGAGUCUCCAAACUUAGCAGCUGCACCUUCUCCUAAUGAUGGAUUUGGGCCACCAAAAAUCAUAGCUCUGCCAAGUAGUAGAAGUAGCGGAUCAUUUCCUGCUGUACCGAAGGAUAAGAAGGCCCAUGCCAUUAAUCAACCACCAUCAUAUGGCCUCGUUCAAGGAAGCCCCGAGGAAUCAUCAUCAACUUCCAGUCAACCACCAACAAAUGAUCAGCCUCCUCAAAGUCGAAUGAAUUCAUAUAAGUGCAGGAUCUUAAUUGCAAUAUCUUGCAUAGUUCUUCUGCUAAUCAUCGGCAUAGCUCUCUGUUUCGUGUGUCGAACUCGGGCAGUAAAGACCAUAGGUCCUUGGAGGAGUGGUAUCAGUGGACAAUUGCAGAAAGCUUUUGUUACAGGUGUUCCAAAGCUGAACCGGACUGAGCUAGAAACAGCGUGUGAGGAUUUCAGCAACAUUAUCGAGGCAAAGGAAAGUUAUACAUUAUAUAAAGGAACAUUAUCAAGUGGAGUCGAGAUUUGUGUUGCAUCAACCACCAUUGCUAGUCUCAAAGAUUGGUCAAAACGUGCAGAACUUGGGUUUCGGAAAAAGAUUGAUGCGUUGUCACGAGUGAAUCACAAAAACUUUGUUAACCUCAUCGGCUAUUGUGAGGAGGACGAACCUUUUGUUAGGAUGAUGGUGUUUGAGUAUGCUCCUAACGGUUCACUUUCAGAGCAUCUACAUGUUGAAGAGCUUGAGCAUCUUGAUUGGAGUUUGAGGAUGAGAAUCAUCAUGGGAACAGCAUAUUGUCUUGAGUACAUGCAUGAAUUGAACCCUCCCAUACCGCACACCAACUUGAACGCAACAUUGAUCCGUUUGACCGAUGAUUAUGCACCCAAAGUUGCAGAGAUGAGUUUCUGGAGAGAUUUUGUAUCAAAAGCGAAGGUAUCAGCAGAAGCUGAAUCCGAGCAUUCGGAACUGCCACCGAUCAUUGAUACAGAGACAAACGUCUACUGUUUUGGUAUGUUAAUGGUCGAAAUCAUUUCUGGCAAGCUUCCUUAUUCCGACGAGCAAGGACCUCUUGGAGCAUGGGCUGCACAAUAUCUGAACGAUAAGCGAAACGUCAGUCACAUGGUCGAUCCGACGUUAAAAUCGUUUAAGCAUAGCGAACUUGAUGGCAUAUGUGAGGUUAUCGAAGAAUGCAUUCAGCAAGAUGCUCGAAAGAGACCGACAAUGAAAGAAGUGGUCACGAAGCUAAGGGAAGUGCUAGCGAUUUCACCAGAGCAAGCAAUACCGAGACUCUCGCCUCUCUGGUGGGCUGAACUUGAAAUUCUAUCCGGAGAGGCAGCAUAAAGAAACGAUAAUAGUUGUUCAAGAUUCACGUCACCCUUCGUUCUUUGAUGCUUGUAGAUUUCAAGGAGUGUCGUUAGAAGGAUACACGGGAAAAAGCAUAUCGGCGUUUGUUGCUUGUGUUGCGAGAUUUGAUCCAAAUUUUUUUCGAUUUUUCGAGGUUUUGUUUGUGAUUUAAAGCAAUAAGAUGGGUUUGGCCUGUGUAC